AUGGAGGCACUCUUAAACAGAAGGAAGGUACUAAAGGGACGGGUAACUAGAAUUGAAAACAUAUUAGAGGAACAUGGAGUUCAACCUCUCGGUGAGGUAACGGCACAACUAUAUCUUAAAAAAUUAAACACAUUAUCGGACGAAAUCGAUCAGUUACAACAAGACAUUAUUGGAGAAUGUUUGGAAGACGAAUUUGAGGUACAUAAUGCUCAAUAUAACACACUAAUUGGUCGCGUGGAAGCCAUGACCAUUCGACUCAUGACUGUUGAACAAAAUUCAGCAACCAUAAGUUCAGUACACAACAGUGCGAAUGGAACAGAAGUUAAACUUCCAAGAUUGGAACUCCCGGUUUUUAACGGCAAGUACGACGAAUGGCUCUCUUUCCGCGAUUUAUUCACAGCCACUGUUCAUAAUAAUUCUACGCUAUCUAGUGCCCAAAAACUCCAAUAUUUGAAAUCGUCAGUACGACAGGACGCCGCUUUAUUGAUUCAAUCUAUCUCCAUCACGGAUGGAAACUAUCAGGAAGCUUGGGAUACAUUGUUAAGAAGAUACAAUCACAAUCGUGAAAUAAUUGAUUCGUACAUUCAGAAGUUAUUCAAGCAACCCAACAUUGCACAAGAAUCAGCCACUGCGUUACGACACUUACUAGAUACAACUAAUGAGUGUAUUCGUGCACUAAAGGUAUUAAAGCAACCAGUGCAACAUUGGGACUCUAUUCUGCUGUAUAUUCUCAAAGAAAAAAUGGAUCAAGAAUCUCGUAGACAAUGGGAACUUUCUCAGAAGGACACAGAACAACCAACAUUUAAAGACAUAACUUCAUUUUUAGAACAGCGAGCUAGAGCACUGGCUGUUUCCCAAACCAAUAUUCAUUCUGGCCAAUCAAGACCAACAUCCAGACUUCGUCCGUCUUCACAGUCCAAGCAAAUAACUGCUGCAGCAUACCAUGGUAUUGUGCAGCCAGCAUGUCCCAUAUGUCAAGGCACACAUCCAAUUUUCAAAUGUUCGACAUUUUUGGGCGCAUCGGUGAACGAACGGAGAGAUCUAAUUAAGAAGCAUGAGUUAUGCUACAACUGCUUAAAGCUUGGACAUCCGGCAACAAAGUGUAAAGCAGGUCACUGCAAAAAAUGUUCACAUAAACAUAACACCCUUAUACAUCAAGAUGGGCCAUAUGACAGUGCAACAACCUCCAGCAGGGUUGUAGAACCAGAAGUCAUGUCACACAUGUCAAAGCAAUCGAGUGGGCAUAGACAAGUAUUGCUAUCCACUGCUAUCAUUCAAGUGAGGAAUUUUCAAGGAGAACUACAACCAUGUCGGGCUCUAUUGGAUUCUGCCUCUCAAACAAGUUUCAUUACUGAACGCUGUGUUCAGCAACUUAGACUGAAGCGGAAACCAUCUAACGUAGCUAUUUCAGGAAUUAAUUCUACAGGUAUUAGCACCGCGUCCAGUAGUUUAUGCAUUAACAUAAGGGUUACCUCAAGAAAGUCAGAGGAUAUUUGUGUAGAAACACUAAUUACUCCAAAUGUGACAACAAACUUGCCGAAUUUCCACUGUGACCCGUCCAAUUGGUCACAUAUAUGGGGGCUUCAAUUGGCGGACCCAACCUUUCAUAAACCAGGCACAAUAGAUAUACUUCUAGGUGCAGAUGUCUACAAUGAGAUUAUUUGUCCAGGACAGUGCAAGGGACCACCAGGAACUCCUAGCGCAUUGAACACAGUAUUUGGUUGGAUACUAUCAGGACCAAUAGUAUUAAUAAUCAACUAA